GGCACAUUCCUCCCUCCCUCCCUCCCAGUUGUUACCCCCUCCUUCCCUCUCUAUGGCUGCUUCACUCCUGGCUAUCAGUCCAGGAUUUACAAGCCCUGCCUGGUCUUGGUGGGCAGACAGUGGAGGUGGGAAGGCUCAAGAGACAACCUGUACAGCUGUAUGCCAGACCUAGCGUGAGAGAGGGACAGUGGGGUGGGAGAAAGAGCUGCAGCAGAACCGUCCACACAGCCAUAAAUUAGGCGAAUAACACUUGCAAAGGAGGAGCACGAAUACAGCAUGAAGGGCUCUCUGUUCCUACCAUGCUUGCUGUUCCUUCUUGUCCUUGUCCAGUUACGCAUCUCGGAAGGACAAGCCAUCAGCCAAGCUCAGCAGCAGAAACACUGUGGAGAAGAGCCUCUUCCACUAGACUGUGAAGACAUUUACGACCAAGGUUCUGAGACGGAUGGCGUGUACCUCAUAUACCCUGCAGGUUCCAACCUUCCUGUGCCUGUGUACUGUGACAUGACCACUGAUGAUGGGAAAUGGACGGUUUUCCAGAAACGUUUUAAUGGUUCAGUCAGUUUCUUUCGGGGAUGGAAUGAUUACAGAUUUGGCUUUGGCAGAGCGGACGGAGAAUACUGGCUAGGAUUGCAAAAUAUCCAUCUCCUAACUCUUAAGCAGAAGUAUGAGCUGCGUGUGGAUCUGGAGGACUUCGAGAACAACACAGCUUUCGCCAAGUAUGCUGACUUCUCGAUCUCGCCAAAUGCAAUCAGUGCCGAAGAGGAUGGGUACACACUGCAUGUGUCUGGUUUCACUGAUGGAGGGGCAGGUGACUCGUUGUCCUACCACAGUGGCCAAAAGUUCUCCACCUUUGACCGUGACCAGGACCUCUAUGUUCAGAACUGUGCUGCACUUUCUUCAGGUGCUUGGUGGUUCAAGAGCUGUCAUUUCUCCAAUCUCAAUGGCUUCUACCUUGGUGGGGCUCAUCUCUCCUACGCCAAUGGCAUUAACUGGUACCAGUGGAAGGGAUUCUAUUAUUCCCUCAAGAGAAGCGAGAUGAAAAUACGCCGUGUCUGAGACCUGAUAUGGUUGGUGGCCAUUCUCCCACCAACAGUGACCUUUAGACACAUAAUAUAGGAUGGGUUUUCAAACCUUUUAUUAUUAUUAUUAUUAUUAUAUUGUCAAGAACAUGUAGAUCUGGAGUUGAUGCAAUAAGAAUAAGCUCUGUGGGCAAAAUGGGGGCCUAUGCAAUCUCCCAGGCUGUUUCUGCAGCUCACAGGAUCUCCAGAAAUCCCUGAUCCCAAGCCAUAUUUUUCCUCUAUGAUGACAAAAAAAAGCACACAUACUGCAAUACAUUUUUCAAGUUGGUCACAGGCUCUCCUGCACUGUUCAACACUAGAAAUCCCCUCCCCCAAAACUGAAAGUGUACCUCUGCCUCUUCUGAUUUGACUCUUUUUUUUUUUU